CUUCCGGUUGGGAUUCCAAAUUAGCGCUGAACUCCUAAAUGUGUAAUGUAGUCGCUUGUUUGGACUUUUCUUUCUGAUAAAUAUGUCCACUAGCGAGCUUGGUACAUCAGCAACAUUAGGCUUAGUUAUUUGAUUAUGUUUCGGUAAGUCUAGCUAAUUGGCAGCAGAACUCCGUUAGCUUAUAGUUAGCUAGCCCAACAGCGCAGUUCAUGCAGCAUGACAGUUUGACUCAUCUCAACAGGUGUCAGCCACGGGCAGAGAAAGUGUCUCCAUCGGCAACUGUCCCGGAGAGAGUCAAUGAUACUAGCUAAUGUGUGUGGGCCUGUGUUAGCUCGUCAUGUCUGUUAACGUCAGUUUUGCUCGUUAGCCAAAGUUUGUGACGCGUGUCAUGCUCCUCGGCCGCGUCCCGCUGAGCCUCAGGUGGACGUGUUCACUAAGUGUCGAUUUGCUGAGGAGUUUCGUCAAUGAGGAGUUGCAUCGCGUCUCCUCCGCUCACUGUCAACGCGUCGGCGGGUUUCGAUCCUCUGCCCCGCGGCUGGGAAGCGCUGAGACCCCGCUGCCACACACCUGCCUGUGUCCGCUCACAGUGUGCGACAUGCAGCCGGUAGUCGGUGUCUCCUGUGGCAAAGAGGCCCCUGCGAUUGGCUCAAAUGGUGGUGAUGAUGAUGAGGGAGGCGAUGAAGGGGUGGUGGGACAGCAGAGUGGGAGAGGAGAUGAGGGAUCGAUCAAAGUAUUGAUGACCGCAGGAGUCCAGGAGAAAGUAGGGACGCCUUACACUGGAGCCUCCACUGUGUCUGCUGCUACUAAAUCAAAUGAGAAGAAUACAAAGGGGAAGAUAAAGAGGGAGAAGAAGAAGUUCAUGAAGAAAAAACUCAAGCCCGCCCAUACUGUGGACAAUCCAAUGUCGGAGCUCCCAUUUGCUUUGUCCAGUCCCACCACGUGGAAAGAGCUAGCAUUCCCCAACCCAGAGUCAACCAAGAAUAAGAGGAAGAGAGGAGGAGGCAUUGGAGGGCGAGUGGACAGUGAGGAGGAUGGAGACAAGAAGAAAAAGAAGAAGGAGAAUCAACGACCCAACUACUUUGUCUCCAUCCCCAUUACUAACACACAGAUAAGCUCAGCUGUGGCAGAGGUCCAAGAGGCAGUGCUUCAGCAGGAGCCCCUAUUAGCCAAAGCCAUGAUCCCUGUCCCAACUCUGCACAUCACGCUGUUGGUCAUGCAUCUCGCCAAUCAGGAGCAAAUAGACCUAGCCACAACCGUGCUGGCCCGGGUCAAGCCGUCAUUGGCUGAGCUGCUGGAUGGGCGGGAUCUGGUGCUGCCCUUCUCAGGCAUCGGUCACUUCAGGAAGGAGGUGGUGUUUGUUGGGCUGGCCCCGGGACAACACAGACACACACUGGAUAGCCUGGCAGGGUUGCUGCGCAGACGUUUCGAAGAGCAGGGACUGCUGCAAGGAGACAGUCGUGGGUUUGAACCUCACCUCACCAUUAUGAAGCUGUCCAGAGCAUCAAAACUACGAGCUCAGGGUAUCAAGCGUGUGGACCCCACCCUUUACUCCAACUACAAUAACAAGUUUUUCGGAGAUCAGACGGUGGAACGGGUGGACCUUUGCUCCAUGUUGCAAAAGAAGCAGCAAGACGGAUAUUACCACACCGAGACAUCACUACAACUUGAUUUGGUUCAGAGUCCGCUCCAUGCCAAACGCUCAAGUGGGCGUCGCCGGUCUGAGCCUGACGAGGCAGAGCUUCUGAGGGUCAGCAGGAAGUUGGUCGAGGACGCCGUCAAUCGUGCCUUGCAACAGUACAAACAGGAAACACUUCAAAAUGGGGGCGGGCCUAAUGCCACGGCCACGCAGGUCCCUGGGAACACUGAGGAAGCUGCUACAAAGACGGACACUACAUCCAACUCCACCGCAGACAACAGGAAGUGACAUCAUCGGGGCCAAGGUACACAGACUGAAAAACCAGCCGCCCACAAAACAUUAGCCGGGUCUGGCUAACGAGGAGAAGCGUCAGGAAGCCCUGGUGAGGAACGCCUGAACCAGCCAACCAGUCAGCCCAGUUUGCUGACCAACCAAACCAGCUAGACAGCCACGAUGGCUAGCCAGUCAUGCUAGCUACCUGCCCACCUGAUCUAGCUCGACACAGCGCUAGUUAAAUAGAUAAUGUAGCUUAAGAUCAGUGCUACUAGGUGACCAUCACAACAGGUCGUCUAGCUAAGCCUGGUAAUGAACUCUAUCUCUGGUGUCCUACUAUCUAUUUAUGUGUUUAGACCAAACAUGGGGCAAAUAUUACAAUGUGAUUACAUACUAAAUCAAUGAAAGGAAACAAGCACCAACAAAAUUGCACUACACAACACAAAGAGACGACAAUAUGAGUCCAUGCAAGUUCAAAAUGUUUGAAUAAGAAAUAGAGCACGAACUAACUACGGCCACCUGCUAGUUAGUUAGUUAGUUAUCCAGUCACUCCAAAACAUUCCAGAGGCCAUAAUCGCACACUAGGCUAAUCUUUGCUCCACGUUUGGUCUGAUCACACCACAGCGGUGAGGAUGCUGCCCCUCGACCCGCACUCAUCUGAGGUUCCGCGUUUGCACGUCAACACAAAUGUGAAGCUCUCCUCGUCUAGAGAGACAUGUGUUGGGUUCACGGUGACCUCUCGCUCACUCGCUCAACCUCCUGGUAGAAGAGGAUGAAUCGCACCUGCACUUAGAAAAAAAUGUAAAACACUCCGUAUGCGUUCCUCCCCUCUGACGACAACCCCUCCUUUACCCUUCACUGGAUCGCUUCAGGUGGAAGAAAAAGGAUUCUACUUUUCUUUGAGCAUAAUUUUCUUUAAAAAAAAAUCAGCGAUGGACGAAGUUGUGACUGGUUGGAUCUUUCCAGCGUUAAGUGUGAGAUGUAUGUUGGACCAGGCGAGUUCCUUUUGUAGUGUUCUGCAGCGAGCCUCGGUUCAAAGCACUUUCUCUGUAUCCACUUCAGGAACGGAUCUCCUUUAAACUUCCAGCAUCUUAUUUUACGUUUCACUUCAGGAGUGUAUCUGCAAAACCGAAGUGCAGUUCUGUCUUCACUCUAAGUUGUUUAUGGAAUGUGGCCCCAGCUCAGCUCUAAGUAUUACACACGACUACCCUCCUGCCGAGGCGACACUAAGACAAUCAUCGGGUUGAGAUAAAUUCCGCUAAAGUGAUAGCGGCUCGAUUUAAAAAAAAUCUGGACCGGUCCGUUUACAGUCUGCACAAACAGAAUAAAUCUGUGAUCUCUCAAUCACAAUAAUCUCCUCUAAUGAUGCUACCUUUUCAAAUCACGUGAGGUCCAGUGGGAGACACUAAAUUGGGGAUUUGCUUAAAAAAUAAUUACCACUACGUAAAGACACACUACAAGCUGCCAAGAAUGCAUUUGUUCUCAUUACAUGAAUGACCUCUAUGUAACAGGCUGUCAUUAUUCCUAUUAGACACUGGCAUUCAUUUCAUAGCACCACUUCUUUUCUCAUCAUCAUAUAUAAAUAUUAAUAAUUUUUUCUUCUGUCGAAUGAUUCUGACGAAAGAGCGUACAGAUGACUUGUUUUUUCAGUUUAGUCUUUUAAAUCCAUCUAUGAAUUGUUUGUGCCGGUGUGCGCCACAGAUGGACACCGGGCUCCUUGAGUCUCGGUGUAUUUGCGCUGAUCUGAGGAGCUUUUGUCCUCGAUUGCAGCCAAACAGUUUUAGGUGGUUGUCAAUCGCUGCUGUCAGCUGAAAAACCCUCCGGCUCUUAAUUCCAGUGUCUUCCAUCCGUACAUAUAUACGCAUAUAUUUGCCUUUCGUGUUAAGCGGUCCACCCCACAGCUCAUGAAAUCCAUUAGGAAACUCUCAAAGGAGAUGGUUUUCCACUGACAGCAGUGUGGUGCUGAUGCAGACACGAUAACGGCGAUAAAAGGUGGUUGACUAAGACGUUAAAUGUAAUCUAUUUUUUUUUUUUUUUUUUUUAUGUUUUAUUUAUUUUCUUUGCUGUAAGAAGAAUGAUUCGCAAGUAAGUAAAUGAAAAGAGCUGAUUUGUAAAAAAAAUUGCACCCAGUUUGCAUUUGAAGGUUUAAAAGAAGAAGAAAAAAAAAAAAAAAAAAAAAAAAAGCACAACAUUUAUACAGAUCAUCUGUUUUACAUCAUCUGGUUUCCAGAUGGGGGGCGGAUAUAGAGAUCCUGUUCAAAGUGGCCUUUAGUCACUGAAACUAAUCAAUGUGAAUUUUUGUUUGACUGUACGUGCUUAAGGUGAUAACGCGUCGGUAAAAUGUCAUUCAACACAUUGAUGAUAAAUGUUUAUCAGCCAAAAGACAGAAUUCACAUUGUUUCUAUUGUCGGAUUUAUCAAUUUGUGUGUGUGCAGACACAGGGACACACAGACAGAGAGACUCAGCCAUCUGAGGUUUAGUUCCCUCCACCGCAAACAGGUGUUCUCUCAUCCCUGAAAUCCACUUCAAUCCUGUCUCCACUGAACCAUCGAUGAAGAAGGUGAAUUCUGUCUUAAGGUGGACUUUGAUCGUUCUUGUUUUGAUCUUACUAUUGUCACCAGAUCCUUAAUCUCCUUAAAAAUCCCCUUUAAUACACAACUUGUCCUGUUUUUCUGUGUGAUUACACUGUUCAUCUGUCUCUGAGCACAUGUGUGUGUGUAAGUCCUUGUGUGUGUGUGUGUGUGUGUGUGUGGCUGUUGGUUGUUUGAUCAGUGGUUCCCUAGAGAAAAACCUUGUCACUAUAAGUCAUGACAACUCGGAGCCGAGUGUGUGAACGCCUCUACAAAUUUGUCUUCUCUGUUUGUCUUCCCCUUUCGUCCUCGUGUGUACGUCUGAGUGCGAGGGCGUGUUGUUUAUGCCGUGUGGUUUAUCAUGUUCUGCCACAGUGAACAAUAAAACAGGAUAUGAGAUUCAAAACCAA